GCCGCAUGAUCGCGCACUCUAUUGUGCCCUCACCCUCAUCUACACCUGCCCCUCUGGGCCUUCUUUUCUACCUGCCUCUCUCCUCUCCUGCCUUACUCUUCAGCGACAGCGUCAGGCCAUAUCUAGUCCUCCGCCCUCCCGCGUUACCCCGGCUGCGCCCUGUGGGCCUCGCGUACCGUCGCCGCACGGUUUCCCUGAUAUGCCGACGGAACUUGACCCUGACCGUCUCGUGGAUUUUCCAGGCGUGAUUGUCGGAUCAGAACGGCUGACACUGGUGCUGCGAUGGA